GAAAAGUGCAGCGGACCCACAAAACCGGUGCGGUGUGUUUAAUUCCCCAUCUUGUGCCACAACGCGGCGUGUGUCUGUAUGUUUGUGUGUGUGCUCUUGUCUUUGAGUGGUUCUCUUUUUAGGUGAAACACGCUUCUACCCGUCACAACUAUCCAUCCGUUGGGUAGCGCAGAUGGGCGCUGAAGCUCUCCGCUCUUCGCAUUUUCCCUUCCCUAUUUUUUUAGUGACCGUGCUCUCUUCUUUUUAGUUCUCCACCACAGAUCUUCCCUAUCUGUACGGAGCGGUCCUCUCCGCCACAAUACACUUCUCCAACUCCCGCCGCUCCACCUCGAGCUGGUUCAUUUUACCUCUCUUUCCUGGCGUCGUUGCGGUUCGUUUGACGGGUCUGUCGUCGCGUGCUGUGUGCGGCGUUCGAUCUAUACCCCUACCCUCAAAAAGGAGACAGCUUCUCCACAAGAACCUUUUUCUGCUGCUGUUGUCGCAUAGAUGGCGUGGGAGAUGCGUACCUCGGUGCUGCGCCUCCCGCGCUUCAGCCUGCGCUUUGCCGGAAGUGGUAAGAUAGAGGACAUGCGUGCCUUCAUGCAAGCCCUCUACGUGUACUGGUACAACAAAGGCUUCUGGGGGGCCACCGUUGCCUCGGCGGUAGACUUCCUCAACACCCUCGUCCUCUUCGUCGUGGCGGUCACGUUCACCAUGCGCUUUGACUGGGUGACCGCGCUGACCUGCGCGGAGGCGGAGUGUGCGACGCAUCACCUCAUCAGCGGGCUGCACGCACCGUACCUUUUUCACACUACGGUGUGGGGCCACAUUUGGGGUUUUGUGUUUCUGAGCGCCACGUGCGGCGCCUGCGCGUACGAGCUGACCCACUUCGUGGAGACGUACUACCUGCAGAGCGAGAUUGAGGAGGUGGCACGCGAGGCCGGCAUCGAUACCGGCUUCCUUACCCCGCUGCACCGCUGGCGCUAUCACUGGCAGCGCGGGUUGAACGGCCGCGACGGGCACGAGUCUAUUGGACUGCGCGUUGGUAACAGCAUCGCCCUCAGCACUGCUGGGUGGGGCGAUUUUCUCGAGGCGAUUUGCGCCGCGGUGGGCCGCAGCGGCAGCGUGAAGUUCGGCGCCCCGGGCGAGCCCCUCGACCCCCUGCGUGCCGUGCAGGCUCUCAUGCAGCUCGAGAACUACCUCAUUGCUUUCCACGAGGGCGACGCGUUUCGAGGCACGGCGCUGCGCUACGUCAGCUCGAGCGUCUUGACAAUGCUGCUGGCCUCCAUGUUCGACGCCUUCCGCACCGUGGAGAGCCGGCACAAGGCGAUGUGGGCGGUGCGCUCCACCAUGGUGCUCUACGCCGUCCUCUACGGGGCCGGCUAUCCCUUCUUCUGCCUCUAUGCCGUGCUGAAGGUGCUGGUGAAGAACGCAGCGCAGGUGAAGGUGAAUUACUGGGCUCUGUCGCAGCGGACGUGGACAUCGGCGGCGGCGUGGCGCUUCCGGCUGUACAACGAGGUGGAACACCUGCACGCCAGUCGCCUCCGCGCCGGGGCCGAAGUGGCGGAGUCGAUGGUGGCCCGGCUGCGCAUCUCGAACAGCGUGUCUCGCCUGGUGCGGCGGGUGUGCGGCACCUGUGUGCUCGUCACGGCGCUUCUGACCUUCCUCAACCCCGGCCUGCUCAUCGGCGGCUUCAUUGGGGGGCUGACGCUGGUGUGGUGGCUGACGCUGACCCUCACGCUGUACGCCUGCGUACCGGAGGUCGACCCGCGCGAGCGCGAGUACGCGUACGCGGCCGACUUGGAGAAGCUCGUUAGCCACCUGCACUUCGACACCCGGGAGUGGUUCGAGUCUGCGGAUAUUUUCUAUGAGCACCUCACCAAGCACUUUUUCAAGAACCGCUUGCAAACCGUUCUGACCAGCCUGAUAGAGAAUUUGGCACUGCCGGCUUUGCUGCUGUACGCCCUGUACGAUGGCAGCGUGGAGGCGCUGGUCGAGUUCGUCGUGCAGCACUCCACCACCGUCGACGGCAUCGGCUCCAUCGCGGUGGGCUCCGACUGGACCUCCUCCUCCCUCACCGGGUCCACCGAGGGCGGCGAGGAGGGGGAGCGCGAGCUGAGCGACACGGACGGCGCGACGCGAUCCGCACACGGCAAGGAUUCUGCGUCCUCCGCCACGCUGCUGGGGGCGGCGACGGCCCCGACCGGCACGGCGCACAGUCGUGCGCGGAAGGUGCAGCAGUCCGUCGCCAGCUUCGCGGCCGUCUACUCGGGGUGGAAUCUGCGUCACAUCGACGGAACGACCGGUGAAGCCCCCCUCGCCACCAACGUGCACGACGCGUCUCUUCAGCUUUUCCUGCGCGACUUGAGCCAGCGCGUGUGCGAGUCGAGCAAGGGAGGGGCGGCGGAAAAUCUUUCGGCGUCGGCGAAUUCUUUUAUGCCACCCGUUUCUGCCCGGACGGAGCCCAGCCGCGCAGGUCCUCGCGAGACGGCCGUCGAGGAGGCGAACAACGACGAGGGAGGGACGGCAGGGGGCGUGCUGCCGUUUACAGCUGGCAGCACCACCGCCCACGAGCGGGAGCAGCUCUUUGUGUCACAGGUGCUCUCCCCUCACUACCGCAGCACCCGCGGCUCCCACACCGGCCAGCGUCACCGUGACACCAUCACCAACAGCAGCAACUACGGAACAGGGAGGGAUGAAGUGGCGUAG